AUGGACGAGUCGUUCAUCCCCAAGGAGCUGGUCGGGAGGGACAUUUACCAAAUCCUGGGUUUGACCUUCGACGAUGCAACAAAGGACAACAUAAAAAAUUUAAUAAGAAAGAGGUACCUAAAAUGUGCGCUCGUUUUGCACCCCGAUAAGGCGGAGGGAGGCUCCAAGGGAAGUGGUACAAAAGAGAAUGAAACAGAAAGGAGUACUUCAACUGCAUCACACAGCGACAAAUUCAACACCCUCAAAUGUGCAUACGAAUUUUUAAUGAAUGAACAAUUAAGGAAUAAGUAUAACCAAUACGUUUCACAGCAGAAGACGAAAAUAAAAAAACAUGCCACAGGGAGUAAUAACCUAAGUCUGAACCGCCACCUGGACAAGACUAAACUGGAUGCAGCACAAAAGGAGAAAUUAUUCUUCAAAAGAAAAUUAGAAGCACGAGAGAGGGACAUGGCCAAGGGGGAAGGAAAGAAGAAAUGGAAAGUCAAUGAGGCAGAAUGGCAACAGGAUGAAAUGGCUGGUGAUCCCACUGCCAGCAGUUACCGCAAUGGGAAAAACAGCCGUAAAAAAAAAAAUGCGCAACAGAGGAGAGCAGCACGUAUGGAACGAAACCAUUUACAAAACAUGAAAACGCAAAAUGAAGAUUUUGUGCGAACGCAUUCCUCUGUACAGCAGUCUGGUCAGACAAAUCACCACACAUACGUUCGUGAGGAAGGGGAGGAGGCAGAACAAAGGGAUCGAGUAAUUGAAAUUUACCUGAACAACUAUCCCCACAACGUUGACCUGCUGCAAAGGUGCAUAGACCAAAAGGAAUUUUUAAAGUUCUUCCUCGAUUUUAAUUUUCAACAGUAUUCCUUAAACAAGAAUGAGGAACAGACUCAGAGUGAAAGAAGGGUCGGUCACUUCUCCUUCACUCAUCGCAGCGAGGCUAUUCGAGCUUAUUUACACUUCAAAAAAAAUGGAAAGCACAUUGACCGCAAUUUUAAGCUGAAGCUGGCGGUGCCCUGCAACGAGGGGGGAGAAAACGACACAGCAGCAAAGGACAACGUGGACCGGAUGAUGAACGAGAUGGACAACAUAAAAAAUUUAAUAAGAAAGAGGUACCUAAAAUGUGCGCUCGUUUUGCACCCCGAUAAGGCGGAGGGAGGCUCCAAGGGAAGUGGUACAAAAGAGAAUGAAACAGAAAGGAGUACUUCAACUGCAUCACACAGCGACAAAUUCAACACCCUCAAAUGUGCAUACGAAUUUUUAAUGAAUGAACAAUUAAGGAAUAAGUAUAACCAAUACGUUUCACAGCAGAAGACGAAAAUAAAAAAACAUGCCACAGGGAGUAAUAACCUAAGUCUGAACCGCCACCUGGACAAGACUAAACUGGAUGCAGCACAAAAGGAGAAAUUAUUCUUCAAAAGAAAAUUAGAAGCACGAGAGAGGGACAUGGCCAAGGGGGAAGGAAAGAAGAAAUGGAAAGUCAAUGAGGCAGAAUGGCAACAGGAUGAAAUGGCUGGUGAUCCCACUGCCAGCAGUUACCGCAAUGGGAAAAACAGCCGUAAAAAAAAAAAUGCGCAACAGAGGAGAGCAGCACGUAUGGAACGAAACCAUUUACAAAACAUGAAAACGCAAAAUGAAGAUUUUGUGCGAACGCAUUCCUCUGUACAGCAGUCUGGUCAGACAAAUCACCACACAUACGUUCGUGAGGAAGGGGAGGAGGCAGAACAAAGGGAUCGAGUAAUUGAAAUUUACCUGAACAACUAUCCCCACAACGUUGACCUGCUGCAAAGGUGCAUAGACCAAAAGGAAUUUUUAAAGUUCUUCCUCGAUUUUAAUUUUCAACAGUAUUCCUUAAACAAGAAUGAGGAACAGACUCAGAGUGAAAGAAGGGUCGGUCACUUCUCCUUCACUCAUCGCAGCGAGGCUAUUCGAGCUUAUUUACACUUCAAAAAAAAUGGAAAGCACAUUGACCGCAAUUUUAAGCUGAAGCUGGCGGUGCCCUGCAACGAGGGGGGAGAAAACGACACAGCAGCAAAGGACAACGUGGACCGGAUGAUGAACGAGAUGGUGAACGAGCUAGACAAAAUGUUUUCUCUCUAG